AUGUUACUUUAGAAUAGAAUCUUUAACAAUUAAUUCGUAGUUUAAAGAAAACUAUCAGCUGGUUCAUUUGGAGUUGUUUUUGUAGGUUUAGAUUAGAAUAGUAAAUAAGAAGUUGCUAUAAAAGUAGAAAAAGAAGAAAAUGAAGAUGUUAGAUCAUUUGAAAGAGAAGUAUAAAUUUUCAAACAUCUGGGUUAAAUGGAAGGAAUACCUAAAUUAAUAUGGUCAGGAGAAGAAUAUGGAUAUAAUAUUUUAGUUAUGCAAAUGUUAGGAAAUGAUUUAGCUUAUCAUUUUAAACAGUUGAAACACUUUACACUUAAGACAGCAAUACUAAUUGCAAUACAAUUAAUUGAAGUAAUAGAAAAACUCCAUUUCCAAGGAGUAAUCCAUAGAGAUCUUAAACCAGAGAAUAUCAUAUUAGGUUAAGGUAAAGAUAAUGGUAAAAUUUAUUUACUUGAUUUUGGAAUCAGUAAAAUAUUCAAAGACUGUAAUAACAAACAUAUGUAAUAAUAAUUAUUAUAUUGUAGUCCUUUUAGAGAAAAUAGAUCAUUUUUAGGAACUACUAGAUAUGCUUCUAUUGCUGCACAUCUUGGUCAUGAAUUAGGUAGAAAAGAUGAUUUGGAAUCAAUGAUGUAUAUCAUCUUAUACUUUAUUAGAGGGUAAAUCUUAAUCUUUUAUCAAGAUAGCUACCUUGGUAAAAUAUGUAAAACGUUACUGAUGAUUAAAGAACUAAAAAAGUUGGUGAGGUUAAAUUACUAUUAUAAUCAGAAAUAUUUAGAGAUUAACCUAAAGAAUUUCAAAAAAUAUUUGAGUAUUAUUAUUCCAAUAUCAUUUAGUUACAUACGUAAAUUACCAUUUUAAAGUGAACCUAAUUAUAAGAUGAUUGUUUUUGAAUUAAAAAAGGCAGCUGAAUCUUUAAAAUUAAAUCUUGAUGGAUUCUAUGAUUGGAGUGAAAUUAGAUAAUCAACACAUUUUGAUUCAAUAGUUCCUCAUAAUAGUAUUGAAAUGAAAAAAUCUAUUGAAAAAUAAUUAUCAGGUAUUUUUAAUCAACAAAAGUAUUCUAUUUUAUAUUUAUUUUUUAGUUCCAAUUAAUUUUUAGCUCCACCUCCAUAAUUUUCAAGUAGAAAUAAUCUUAAUGGAAGAGAGGACAAUAAAAAAACUACAUUAGCUUCCUUUUAAGGUAUUCUAAAUAUAUAAUAUUAUUUUUAGGUAGUCAAUAAUGUCUUUCAGUCAAUCCAUAUUAUUCAUAAUCUAUUAAAAAUUCAAGCUAAAAUAUAGACUAUGAAACUGAUUUAAUUAGUUAAUAGUUAAAUGAAUAUCUUGGAGAUAGAAGUUUAUAACAAAAAAAUAAUAAACUUAAUUCAAUUCAUAAAUAGUACUUUUAAUAAACUCAUUUUUAGGUUUCGCUUAUUAAAUCAAUAUAAUUAAUGAUAUUAACCCUUUUUGUGAUAUUUUAUCUUAUUUUCUGUUUAAUAAUAUUUAUUUCAUGUAAUCAUUAAUUCUUAAAUCAACUUUUAUAAAUGAAGAAAUACAUACUGAAAAAAAAUAAGAAGAAGAAACUAAGUUAUUACUCUUAAUGGUAUACUAUUUAUAUUAACUUUUUAGAAAGUAGAAGAUUUUCAUAAAAAAAUGUAAAAAGAAAGAAAUGAAUAAUUAUUUAAAAAAAAUAGAGAAAUUAUUUUUAUCCCUCCAAUUUUAUUAGAUGAUCAAAUCUAUCCUUAUUUAUUUAAUGAGAAUGAUUUUGAUAAUGAAGAAAUCUAUCAUAUCAAUAAUUUAACUGAAAUCGAAUUAGAACUUCAAACAUUUUACUUAUAAUAAAUUUGA